GACGCCUGAUGGACAGGAAGCUUUACAGGAUUCUGGGAGGAGGUUUGUGGUCCCGUCGUCGAUGGAAACAGGGUGUCGCUCUGCGGUGCCGGCCGUGGAGUACCGGCCCACUAUUUGGGGCGAGAGUCCGCCGAAGUUCAUCACCAAACCGAGCCGAGUGUUCGCCAAGCUGGGACAGACCGGGAAGUUCAUCGCCAAGGCGACGGGACGUCCACAGCCUCGGGUCACAUGGCACAAGGGGGAGGCGGAGCUUCUGUCCUGUGGGCGGCGCCAUACGUACGAGCGCUCUGGCCUGCACUUCCUGGAGAUACAGGAAGUGUGUGCGGAGGACGCAGGAAGUUACACGUGUUUGGUCACCAACAGCGCCGGAAAGGCGACGGCCACCGCCACGCUUCAUGUCCAGGGUGUUCCUGAUGACUCAUCCAGGACACUCCAACCAGCUGAGGAACAUAACAGACCAGGAGCUCGCUCCUCCCUCGCUCCUCACAGCCUACAAGUGAGCGGCCCAGAGAGGAGGAAGCAGAACUCCCUGUCUCAGCCUGGAGGACAGAGCAGCCUCCUGGAGGAGCAGACCUCCUGUCCAGUCUGUCUUCAGUUCUGGUCCGGGUCACUGUGGUCGGUCCAGCAGCUCCCUGAGCAGCUGGACAAACAACAGGGCUGUGAGGAGGUCGGUGUCGGUGUCCGGGUCCAGCUGAGAUUCGAGGCGGUUCCUUUGGACCAGGAGGCCACAGAGGGAGCACAGGUGCACCUUCACUUGUCAGGUGAUUCAACCGGUUGA